AUGGCUGACGAUGAUGAUGUUAUGGAGGAGGAGGUCCAGGAAGAAGUGGACGAGUCAAAGUUCAAACCUAAGUUUAUGCAGAACAUCCAAGCACCGAAAAUUCCAGAAGGGGAGAAAGUGGAUUUUGAUGACAUUCACCGUAAACGUCAGGAGAAGGACCUGGCUGAGUUGCAGGCUCUGAUCGAGGCUCACUUUGUCCAGAGGAAGAAAGAGGAAGAGGAGCUUAUCGCAUUGGUUACCAGAAUCGAUAAUCGUCGUGCAGAGAGGGCCGAGCAGCACAGAAUCCGAGCGGAGAGAGAAAAAGAGCGACAAGCGAGACUCGCUGAGGAGAAAGAAAGAAAGGAGCAGGAGGAGCAGAGGAAAAAGCUAGAUGAGGAUGCAAAGAAAAAGAAGGCUCUAAGCACCAAGACUCAUCAGUACGGAAGCAUUCAGCAGAGGGCCGACGGUCGCAAAGGAGCCAAGAAGCAGACGGAGAGGGAGAAGAAGAAGAAGGCGUUGGCUGAAAGACGCAAGCCUCUUAAUAUUGAUCAUCUCAGUGAUGACAAGCUCAAGGAUAAAGCUAGUGAGCUGUGGCAGUGGCUGAUGGAGCUGGAGGCAGAGAAGUAUGACCUGGCUGAGAAACUGAAACGUCAGAAGUAUGACAUCACUCUACUUCUUGUCCGGGUCCAGGACAGUCAGAGCGCGAAAGGACGAGGCAAGGGCAGCAGAAGGAGGUAGAAAUGCUGACAGUCUGGAGAUGGGAGAGUCUUCCGCUCUGCACAGCCUCGUGGGAUUUGUUAACGUCAUUAGAAGUUAUGUAACCGAUUGUAGGAUAACGAACCCUUUAAGUGUAUAUUUCUGCCUGGCAUUACAAAUAAAGCACAAAAUGUUUGACCUUG